UUGAGUUAGUUAUCAAUAGCAAGCCGAAAAAUACGGUACCUAGAACUGUGUUCGUGUGGUGAACAAGGAGUGAUAGUGGUCCGUGAGAUGUGAAUAUUUUAAGAAGUUUUAUUCAGAAAAUUAAAAUUUUUUUGUUAUUAUUUUACUAGUUUAAUAUUAUUAAAUUCAUAUUUUUAAAAUACAUAUAUCAUGGGUCUUUUAUCUGAAGGACAACCGCUGUCCUGGGAAGAAACCAAAAAAUUGGCUGAUCAUGUGCGACAACAUGGUAUUAAUCAAUUUGUCAAUUUAUAUCAUCAGUUAGUGGAUCGUAAAGGAGAUGUUCUUAAAUGGGGCGAUGAGGUAGAAUAUAUAAUUGUCAAAUUUGAUCAUGUUAAAAAAACUGCAAAAGUUAGUCUGUGUGCACAAAACAUAUUACAACAAUUAAAUGCUAAAGAGUUGAAUGAUCCCAGUAAUGUAAAAUCGCUGUGGAGACCAGAGUAUGGCGCUUAUAUGAUUGAAGGUACACCUGGUAAGCCGUAUGGGGGUUUACUAGCACAUUUUAAUAUUGUUGAAGCAAAUAUGCGUUACCGUAGGGAGGAAGCACAAAAUUUACUAGGCCCAGAUGAAGUGCUUAUGACUAUAACAAAUUUUCCCAGGCUUGGAUGUCCUGAAUUCACGUGGCCAAUAGAAAACCCGACUCCUGAAGCUGGUGCAUCGAAGUCUCUGUUCAUACCUGAUUCAGCUAUUUACAAGGGUCAUCCUCGGUUUUCUACUCUUACUACAAAUAUCAGACAGCGAAGAGGAGAACGCGUCGCAAUUAAUAUUCCGAUAUUCAAGGAUAAAAAUACUCAGAGUCCUUUCAAAGAAGAUCUUAAAAGUCUUGGCGGAGAUGCAGACAGUUUAGAUGCAGCUUUACCUGAUCAUAUUUAUAUGGAUGCUAUGGCUUUUGGUAUGGGUUGUUGCUGUUUGCAAAUGACAUUCCAAGCUUGCUGCAUUAAAGAAGCACGGACCUUGUAUGAUCAAUUAACUCCUUUAUGUCCCAUUUUGUUAGCGUUAACAGCUGCUUCACCAAUAUUCAGGGGAUAUCUAUCCGAAGUAGAUUGUCGUUGGGAUGUGAUAUCAGGAUCUGUAGAUUGUCGCACACGGCAGGAGCGUGGAUUAGAACCGUUAACUACUGACAAAUUUGUUAUACCCAAAUCUCGUUAUGAUUCUAUUUCUUUGUACUUGUCUAGUCAAGGAGAGAAAUACAAUGAUGAAAAUAUUGUUUAUGAUAAAGAUAUUUAUAAUACAUUAAUAAAUGCCAAUAUUGAUCAUCAAAUGGCUCAACAUGUUGCUCAUUUAUUUAUUAGAGAUACUGUAUCUCUUUUCAGUGAAAAAGUGCAUCAAGACGAUACUGUGGAAAUGGAUCAUUUUGAAAAUAUACAGUCUACUAAUUGGCAAACUAUGAGAUUUAAACCACCUCCCCCUCAAUCAACUAUUGGAUGGCGAGUUGAAUUCAGACCAUGUGAAGUACAGUUAACAGAUUUUGAAAAUGCUGCCAUAGUUUGUUUUGUUGUUUUACUUACUAGAGUGAUUCUUUCUUAUCAAUUAAAUUUUAUUAUCCCUAUAAACAAGGUAGAUGAAAAUAUGUGUCGUGCUCAAAAGCGUUCAGCUGCUCAUCAAGAGAAGUUUUGGUUUCGUAAAAACAUAACUUCUCCUUCAAAAUCAGGCAAUAUGGUAAAUGGUAUUAAUGAUGAUGCAAUUUUCACUUUGAUGUCUAUUAAUGAAAUUAUUAAUGGAAAGACUGGCGAGUUUCCUGGUUUAAUUCCAUUAAUUCAUAGCUAUCUCUCAAGUAUGGAAGUUGAUACCGAUACACAUUGUACAAUACAACAAUACUUAAAAUUAAUUUCUAAACGUGCAUCUGGUAAAAUAGAUACAACUGCAAGUUGGAUACGACGAUUUGUUACAGAACAUCCAGCUUAUAAGCAAGAUUCUGUAGUUAGCAAUGAAAUUAACUAUGACCUACUAAUGACAGCAAAUAAUAUUCAGUCUGGUCGUAUUUCUUGUCCACAGUUAUUGGGUGACUGCUUGUUGGCUAAUUCAAAGACGAAAGAAACAAUUCCACCAGCUGUUCAAAAAGUUUACUCUUGUGGACAAUAAGUUUCAUUGUUUUAUUAACUUGUUUGUACUAACGAAGCCAGUAACAAAUUAAAUACUUCUUUAUACUAUCACUUAUUCAUAUUUUCCACAUAUUUAUGUAAUUUCUAUGAUACUUAUGGAAAUUCAAUAGAAAUAUUCUGAGGCAUGCUAAAAUUGCUUAUUUUCAUCAUAUAUAACUAUAUGUAUUUUUUUACUGUGUAUUAUUGUUUUUUAAAUUUAUUAGCUUAACGAAUUAAGCAAAAUC